CACCAAUUAUAAAUCAUUCAUCGGAUCAUACGAUCUCGGACCGAAAAAUACCCCAGGAGAUCGGAUGGUACCUUUGAGAUGUUCUCAUAUGGCCGUUACAUGACGACAACCGAAACUGACCAAACCCUCCUUGCCUUGCCUUUGCUUUUUCGAAGCGUCUCUCAUGAUUCAUGAACUUUACAAACUCAAUACCAAUCAACCAGCCACGGCCCGCAGCUGGCGGUGUGCCAAUCCAGUGCGUCCUGGACAAAACACGUUCUGGAGGGCGGGAUGCAGGACAUCCCUGCCUACCAAAAGCCAUGGGACUUGGGAGUUCAGCAUGGGAAUUGGCAGAAAACUGAUAGCUUUAUCGGCUCGAAAGUCGAAAAUCCAUUGGACGCGGAAUUUCCCUGGUCUCGAUCCUUCGGCGGACAUCUCCGCCUUUAUCAAACGGAGUUGAGGCUCGGUUCUGAGCCCAGUCGCUGCGACUUGUGCGAGACAUUGCAGUGCUUUCCGGCCUCCGCGAUAUCUCGGUUGGUGUCUCAGAUACUUAACAUGUACCCCAAAUUACUGCAAUUUUUCAUGGCAAGGGGCCAUUUUUCCUGUGAACAGGCGGGGCAACUGCAAAGGGAGCUCUUUCUCUCGCUGCUUUUUUAUGCGACCCCACCCCGCAUUCAGACGGGUGCUUGGCAAAGAAAGGCUCGGCCAAUAAGUAGAACAGACGCCUCGACUCGACUCGACGGAACUGAUGCGAUAAGGUUGAUUACCGCAUUAGGCAAUGAAUGGCAGAACUAGCAGUGGGAACUGGGAACCUUUGGAUUUUGAUAUUGGGCUCAAAGCACUACCUAAUAGCG